GGCAUGGAUAUCAAAGCCCUGGACUUUCUGCGGGCAGAGGCGGACGACGACACCAGUCCCUUAUUUGGAGUGUACCCGACCAUCGACUAUCUGAAGACGCUCACAUGUGAACGUAUACGCCUCAUCCUCACGUAUUCAACCUGGCCGCUGCAAGUCAAUCCUAAGGAAGCGCUCAAG